UAAACCGUAAAAUUUUGAAUUGAAAUGACUGUCGGUUUUGUAAGCGCAUAAGGUAAGGGUAUGUAUUUAGUUUUUGUCUUACUUUCAAUUCCGAUUGAGAAAAAUGUUAGUACAGUAUUUUCAGUCGCUUUUCCAAUGUCUGUCGUUUCAUUUUGAUGUGUCAUCUUUCUGGUCAUCCUUCUGUGGAAUAUUAGUCCCAGGUAACGUAUUGUGUUUGUCUGAGGAAUUUGAUUCUCUCCUAUAUAAACUGGUUGGCACGCGUCAAGCCGAAGUGUAAAUGUUAUAUAUUUUGGCGUGUUAUGAUUUAAUCCUAUUUU